UAUGAGUAUUUUUAUAAAGUAAAAUAUUCGCUUCAGCCUCAUAUCGUGAAUUAUUCAUAAAAAUCAGAUCGUGUUUGUGAUACAUGGCAUAACUUUAUUUGUUCUCGGUGGCAUUUACACAAAUCUCUAAUUCCAAGGGGAAACAUAGUACAAUUGAAUCUCGAAUCUCGAAGAGAAAAAAAUUUAAAAUCUCAAAAUAAUCAAAGAUAACAUCAAUUAUUCACAACCUCAAAUAAUAUUUAUUCGAAAUUCGAAAGUUACAAAAAUCAUUCUCAAAAAUAAUAAAAAUUUUGAAAUUUUUACAAAAGUUUUGAAAGAGAUUUAAACGAUGGAAAAAAAGAGAAAUAGAUGAAAAUCUAAAAUAGAGAAUUAAAUGGCUCAGUUCAGUUUUCAACAAUUAAACAUAAUCGAUUGGCACCGGUUAUCAGGAAACCGUCAUGGUUCCAUAUUUGUGCACUACUUAUUGUCCGAUAAUGAAAAUGGUAAUCUUGGGUUAUCGGGAACUGGCUACAUUUACGAUAAUUAAAAUGGACAAAGAUACAACUGAGUCAACUGGAAGACAGUUUCUGCCGAUAUCGCGACAGUUCCAUAUGACAUUAGGGUAAAUUAAUAGAGAUCAUCGUCUUUUGCUGUAAUUGUAUACACAGAGCAAGGGUCAUGGCUGUGAAAGAAUGGUUCAGAAGACUACAGCCGGUCCAGUUGUACCUGGUCCUGUUCUUCACCACCGCUUUCUUCCUCGUCGAGAUAGUCGCUAGCCAUGUGACUCAUUCACUGACAUUGCUACUCAACGCUUAUCAUAUGCUGUGCAACAUUAUUGCACUUGUCGGCUGUAUCGCAUCAAUCAAGUAUAGUCAUCGUCAAAAUGGUUACAAUGGUAACAGCACUUCUAGUUCGUUACGAAAUUCUGUUAUUUGUAUAAAUGGCGAUGAACGAGGUUCUUCUACAUCUCUAUCAACAAAAACUAAGCAAUCACGAUCGGAUAGGCGAAUGAAAAACACUUUCGGUUGGGCGAGGAUAGAUAUUGUCACGAUGCUUGUCUGCUGCGUAUUUCUAGCAUCCUUCUGUUUUUCUUUACUGGUUGAAGCUAUGCAGACUUUGGUACACAUAGACCACUUGGACGAAAUGCACCAUCCUCUGCCUGUUCUUACAAUUGGUGCAUCUGGAAUCCUCCUCAACGCGUUUUGUUAUAUAUUAAUUGGAGGAUAUACCUUCAAUCAAGGUAUUGUUCUUCACGUCACAAUGAAUGGAGAUGUGAUAUUACGAAGAAAUGUUAAUUCACAGCAAACGAAAGAGGGUGAACAACAGUUAUCUUCGCAAACCAGACGAAGUCCAUUGGGCAUACCAAAGAGCCAAGGACUUCGAGAAACAUGUCGUGAUGCUUUGGGCUGUGUUUUCGUUAUCUUGGUAUCUAUUCUAGUAUAUUUCACUGAUUCUGGCGUAGCCAAAUAUAUCGAUCCACUUUUCGCUAUUAUUUCUUCCAUUUCACUCUUCGCCCUCAGUUAUUCAUAUAUGAAAGAAUCAGGUUUGAUAUUGCUUCAAACUAUUCCUAAUCAUAUAAACAUCGAUUCUCUUAAAAGAGAAUUGCUAGAAGCUUUCCCUGGGAUUGUGAAUGUCCAUGAUUUACACGUAUGGCAAUUAACGGGACAAAAAAUAAUAUCGACAGUUCACAUCAUAUUCUUGGACCCAAUGGUAUAUACCAGUAUUACUGAUCAAGUAACAGCAUUUUUUAUAGAAAUGGGAAUAACUCAAGUUACGAUACAGCCAGAAUUCCAUAAGAUGAGGCCAAACAUGGAAAAAACUGGUUGUCUAAUUCGUUGCCACGGUGAACAUUGUAGUUCAUCUCAAUGUUGUUCAAAAGAAAAAUUUAUCGAAGACUCAUGUUCAGACUUAUCGACCAAGAAACAAGGACAAUCCAUAAAUAAGAAACUCGAGAAAAAGGAAAUCAUUCCUUCUUCAACUACAAUUGAUCUCAAGAAAUUCGCUAUUCAUGAUGAAGAAAGUUCACGAUCGUGUCAAAUGACUACAAAUCAAUCUGACGGAAGCUCAUGCCAAUCAAAGAACAAACAAAGGCAAAGUGAUAAAGAUAAUACGAGAGACGAAAGUUCCUAUGCGAUAAACGUAGAUGUUAAUGAUGAAAAUCAUGUUUCACGUACUACGAAUCACAGUAACAUUAAUCCAGAGGUCGCACCAUAACAUUGAUUUUAAAAAAAACAUUAUAGAGGACGCUUUAUUGAAUUGGAUCAAAUGUAACCUCAAAACGAUAGAAGAUAUAUAAAUAGAAAAAAUUAAUGUAUACAAUUAAAAUUUCGAGUGAUAAAUUAUAUAAUGCAUCAUUUUCAAUAUGAAAAUAUAGAUGAAAAUAUAGAACAUAUUUUAAAAAUUUUAAUGAAAAUUUUAUUAAAAAUUUUCAUAAAUAUAUUUUCGUAAAAGAAAAAAAAUGAAAGCAUAUUUUUUCUGCUAGUAUCUUUGUAUAAUUAAUAUCUUCAUAUAAUUAGAAUUAAAAAAAAGUAAAAAUAAUCUCGAAAUUUUAAAAUACCU